UUAACCUUUCAGUUCUCUUAAAGUUUUAUCCUCUUCUCUUAUUUUAAUCUCUGGUUCCUUUGUUCAUCCAACUGCCAUCUUUUCUUCGGGUAUAUAAACCCUUUGCUUUUCAGAUUUAUCUUAUUCCACCAAGAAAUCCAUCUCAAAUUAAUAAUCCCAAAUGGAAUCUUGUUUCUUUGGAUACCCAACCCCUGAAUUUUCUCCUCAAUCUUCCUUUGCUUCUUCAUCGGUUGAAUCUUUUUCCUGGGAUGAGCUUCUUUUCUCUCAUAAUUCUCUUCCUUUCAAUGUUCACGACCCCGGAGAAAUGUUUCUUCUUGAUGUUCUAGCUGAAGGAACUAAAGAAUCAAUAUCCGAUUCCAACAAUACCGGCGAUGGAGUCAAUAAUAAAGAAGAUCACGAAGUGACGUCGACUGCGCCCAAAGUAGAAGAGUCUUCUUUUUCUUCUUCUUCUUCUUCUUCGUCAAACUCGAACCCCAAGAAGGAGAAGGCUUACAGAGGCGUUAGAAAGAGGCCAUGGGGGAAAUAUGCAGCAGAGAUAAGAGAUUCAACGAGAAAUGGAGUCAGAGUUUGGCUAGGCACAUUCGAUAGCGCGGAGGCGGCUGCUUUAGCAUAUGACCAAGCAGCAUUUUCAAUGCGUGGCUCAUUAGCUACCCUUAAUUUCCCAAUUGACAUGGUCAAAGAAUCACUUCACGAAAUGAAGUACCGUUGUGAGGAAGGCUGCUCGCCGGUUGUGGCUCUGAAGAGACGACACUCGAUGAGAAAGAAAUCAUCAUCAUCAUCAUCAUCAUCAUCAUCAAGUAAGAAAAGUUGUAAACAAAAGACAGAAGUUGUAGGGUCACAAAAUGUGGUGGUGCUUGAAGAUUUAGGAGCUGAUUAUCUUGAACAACUUUUGAGCUCAUGUGAAAGUAGUGCUCCUCCUAAUUGGUGAAGCAUCAUCACUGCACUAGAUUCCCUUAUUACUUUUUUUUUUAAAUACCUUAUAUUAAUUAAAAUCUUGAGGGUGUCAUGGUGGGUGGGCUUAGACCAAUCUGGGUUUUCUUCGUAAAACCUUAUUACUUAAUGUGCCUGUUUCUUUGUAAAUUUGCAAAAGCCGAGGUGUAUAAAACUUGCACUGUGUUGUCUAA